GCCUUCCUGGGCUCCUCCUCCUCUUCAUACUCGCCCUGCGACUGUGGUCCUCCGGUCUCCCUACGGCCUUGCUGUUUCCCUGGCGAGCCUUCAUUCUCAGGUUCUCUUUUCACGCACACGCGCGCUCUCUGGGCCGUCCCCUCCUCGCCGACCCUCCUCCUUGUCCUUGCCAGCGCUGGGGUCGAGGGAGGAUUGAUGUCCCUUCAGCAUCAUGCAGCCGCCGCCGAGGAAGGUGAAAGUUACUCAAGAACUGAAAAACAUUCAAGUUGAGCAGAUGACCAGACUUCAAGCCAAGCAUCAAGCAGAGUGUGAUUUGCUUGAAGAUAUGAGGACAUUCAGUCAGAAGAAGGCUGCUAUUGAAAGAGAAUAUGCACAGGGUAUCCAGAAAUUGGCUAGUCAAUACCUGAAAAGAGAUUGGCCUGGAAUAAAAGCUGAUGACCGGAAUGAUUACAGGAGCAUGUAUCCGGUUUGGAAAUCUUUUCUCGAGGGAACAAUGCAGGUAGCCCAGUCUCGGAUCAAUAUAUGUGAAAACUAUAAAAACUUCAUAUCUGAGCCUGCAAGGACAGUGAGAAGCUUAAAAGAACAACAACUAAAGAGGUGUGUGGACCAAUUGACGAAGAUCCAAACUGAAUUACAAGAGACAGUAAAAGAUUUAGCUAAAGGCAAGAAGAAGUACUUUGAGACUGAACAGAUGGCUCAUGCAGUACGAGAAAAAGCUGACAUCGAGGCCAAAUCUAAACUUAGUCUUUUUCAAUCAAGAAUCAGUUUACAGAAGGCAAGUGUAAAGUUAAAAGCCCGACGCUCUGAGUGUAACUCCAAAGCUACCCACGCGAGGAAUGAUUAUCUUCUCACGCUGGCAGCCGCAAAUGCACAUCAAGAUCGCUACUAUCAAACAGAUUUAGUUAAUAUUAUGAAGGCUCUUGAUGGAAAUGUGUAUGACCACCUUAAGGAUUAUUUAAUAGCCUUCAGCCGCACUGAGCUAGAGACAUGCCAAGCUGUACAGAAUACAUUCCAGUUUUUAUUAGAAACUUCUAGCAAGGUGAUACGGGACUAUAAUCUUCAGCUGUUUUUACAAGAAAAUGCUGUCUUUCACAAACCCCAGCCUUUCCAGUUCCAGCCUUGUGACAGUGAUACUAGUCGAAAAUUAGAAUCAGAAACUGGAACCACAGAGGAGCACAGUCUCAAUAAAGAAGCUCGGAAAUGGGCCACACGUGUGGCACGUGAGCACAAAAAUAUAGUUCACCAACAGCGGGUCCUAAAUGAACUGGAAUGCCAUGGAGUCGCAGUAUCAGAACAAACCCGAGCAGAACUGGAGCAGAAAAUAGAUGAAGCAAGAGAGAAUAUCCGAAAAGCAGAGAUAAUUAAGUUGAAAGCCGAAGCCCGACUGGACCUGCUGAAGCAGAUUGGCGUUUCUGUGGACACAUGGCUAAAGAGUGCAAUGAACCAGGUGAUGGAGGAGCUGGAAAACGAGCGCUGGGCCCGCCUUCCCACAGUGGCCAAUAAUGGCACUUUACACUCGCUUAAUGCAGAUACUGAAAGGGAAGAAGGAGAAGAGUUUGAAGACAACAUGGAUGUGUUUGAUGACAGCAGUUCCAGCCCUUCUGGCACCUUAAGGAAUUACCCACUUACCUGCAAAGUUGUUUAUUCCUACAAGGCUUCUCAACCAGAUGAGUUGACCAUUGAGGAACAUGAGGUGUUAGAAGUGAUUGAAGAUGGAGAUAUGGAAGACUGGGUAAAGGCUCGAAAUAAAGUUGGUCAAGUGGGUUAUGUGCCAGAAAAGUACCUCCAGUUUCCCACCUCGAACAGCCUGCUGAGCAUGCUGCAGUCCCUGGCCGCUUUGGACAGUCGGUCACACACCUCCAGCAAUUCCACAGAAGCUGAACUCGUUUCAGGCAGCCUCAACGGAGAUGCCAGUGUCUGUUUUGUAAAAGCACUUUAUGACUAUGAGGGCCAGACAGAUGAUGAGUUAUCUUUUCCUGAGGGAGCAAUCAUUCGUAUCUUGAACAAAGAAAACCAAGAUGAUGAUGGCUUCUGGGAAGGAGAAUUCAAUGGGCGAGUUGGCGUUUUCCCAUCGGUGCUAGUGGAAGAACUUGCAGCCUCAGAAAAUGGUGACACGCCAUGGAUGAGAGAUAUUCAGAUCUCACCUUCCCCCAAGCCUCACAGCUCCCUGCCUCCGCUGCCCUUAUAUGACCAGCCUCCCAGCAGUCCCUACCCCAGCCCAGACAAGAGGAGCUCUCAGUACUUCCCUCGGUCUCCAUCAGCAAACGAAAACAGCCUCCAUUCCGAGUCUUCAGGAUUCUCACAGGCACCACGGCAUACUCCUGAGACUUCAUAUGGCAAACUACGACCUGUCCGGGCAGCACCCCCUCCACCCACGCAGAACCACCGAAGGCCGUCAGAGAAGAUUGAGGAUGUGGAGAUCACGCUGGUGUGAUGAUGGCGAAUUCCAUGACGACUGCUACAAUCAAGGCCAGGCUUGGAGUCUGGCCAGGCUUGUUGUUAGGCACCUUUGCAUGAUGAUGACUCUUGAAUAGAGCAAACUCAAGAAGGAUUGUAUGUGACUGGGUGGCUUGGUGGACUUCUCCCACAUUUAUGAAUAUUUUGUGCCUUUUUGUUGUCAUUUUCUACGUCAUCUCUCUUACUGUAGCACAAAUUCUAGCGGUCGCUAGGGGCAGAGGGGGAGGCCCUCAUGCCUCACAGUGGUCCGUUUUUAUAUGGGACUCAAAACCAGGCCUCAGGGCCGGGGCACAGUCACAGAGAUACUGGUCAUGUGCACGCGUACAGUAUAUUACUGUGGCCACGAGGACGUGGCAGAGAUUCUCAUCUUUCUUCACAUGACUUUUUGUUCAUCUGAUUAAGUAUUAAUCAGAUCAUGGUGGUCAUAUAAAGCAUCAGAAGAAGGGAUUUCAGGAGAGGCUGGUUCCUCACCGCAAUUAAUGCUCAGAAAGAGAAAGUGAAACUUUAUUGGAAAAUAAAUGGACUGCCCUGACUUUAGCGCCAAUUGCAUAAAUGCACAUCUCUUCCACAGCUAACAGAUUUAAAACAGUAACAGUGUCCUUUGUAUUAAUAUUUAUACCAUUCAUUUAGUAUUAGUGGAGCUAAUAUGGAGGGGCUGGGCUAGUCAUCUUGUUCAUCACAUAGACUAAUAAAAAGGCUAUUUCUGGCUAAAGCAGAAAUGGAAGUUUCCAGAUCUGAAAUGAGCCGACAUAAUACUCUUUUUGUAUUUGGAUAUCUUUUCAUCUUAAUUUUCGUGGCAUAUACUUUUCUGACCCCAGCCAGUAUCGUUAAGACUCCGAAUGUUUAGGUAAGUUGAAGGCACAAAUUUGCAUGGCUGAUCUUCUCUACUGGGGAAUUUCCUCAUGUUACUCUAUUCCGAAGGUGGAGCUCUGGCUCAGCCAGCAGCAUAGUGGCUGGUCCAGACCAGCUGCCACCCACCAUGGAGAAGGCUGCCUCCCAAGCCCCACCAGCCGGACAUCUCCUUGGGAGGGAAAACCUGUGGGCUUAGGGAGGAAACCAGCUGGUUGUGACUGAGGACGGAAGGACUGCACAUACUGCCCAAAGGCAAACUGAUGAAGAAAGAACAGGUUCCCAGAGUCACAGGGAGAGCCAGGAGGAGCAUUCUCAGCAGGCCAGAGCCCACAGCAGCUUGUCAGCCCCUCAGCAGGGUCCUGGCGUAGGGCUCCUUAGGAGGUCAGCUCUUAACUGCCUACAGAAGGUAGCAAGUGUUACCCAGGGAUGGAGGGAUAUUUGCCAGUUACUUCUUUAUUAUUAUUUUUAAGAAUUCAGACAAAUUUGCAGAAUUUUAUCCAAAAGUUAACACAUAUGCAUUGAAAAAUUGAGGCCUCCUGGGAAUCUCUAAGACUUGAAAUGCUUGCCAAACAUCCCCAUGGGGGUUUUGACUAAAAGUAAGGUCAUAGCUGAAGAAAUUUUUAGUCAUUUGAUCACUUCAGUGAUGCUAUCCACUGAUGACUCUUCUCUGUGAUUUUGGGGGGCUUUUUUGUAUUUGUUUUUUGCAUUUCUUAACUGUUGAUCUAUUUGAGGUCUUUUUUUUCAUUCUUUUUUUAUCAAACUUAUUCUUAAGUUUAAAAAAGAAAUUAAAAGGGUAAGGUUUUUUUAAAGAUUUAAAAGUGUGCUGACAUGUUAAAAUCCUCAAAGUGCUUAAACCAAGCAGUUCUUUUUGCCACCCUGUCUGAUAUUUUCUCUUUAGUUAGCCAAAUUGUCCUUCAAUUUGGAUUUUCCACAUUCUCAGAGAUUAUUUGAAAUCUUUUGUUAUAUUUUAAAGUAUUUUUUGGAAGAGCUGCUAAUUUUAUUUUAAAAAUCAAAGUUGUAAAAAUAUGCCUCCUUUUUAAAAAUAACCCCUCCCUGCUGGACAUGUAAUCUAGCCUCACCAUGCACAGGGCUGGGCUCACAGGGCCUCUCUGUGCAAAUGUGCUUUCUUUACAGUGGCUGUAAAAAGUUUGUAUUUAUUAUGUAUAAAAUGUUGAAUAAUAAAAAAAUGUGGAAUUA